AUGCCAGGGGCCCCGCCACCACCCUUGCCUGUGGAAGGGGCCCUGGCGCAAUCCUGGCCCAUCUCUACGGGCCUCGACUCCACAUUUCAGUACAACAUCCCGCUCAGUUUUAUCAAAGGAGUGGAAGCGCUGCGGGUGCUGGUGUGCCCCGUGUGCGGGCGGCGGUUCGAGGGCAAGAACCAGGCCAAGCGGUCCAAGCUGGAGAGCCACCUGCGGACGCACACGGGGGAGCGGCCCUUCCACUGCCCGCACUGCCCCUACCGCGCCACCUUCAAGUGGAACCUCAAGGCGCACGUCCGGAGCCGCCACGAGAGGGACUUCCUCCAGAGCGCGCCGCCCUAG